AUAUUUUUCGUCAACACACGCACAGCUUCAGGCAAAUCAAAAAAUUCGAACUAGUUUAAAAAAAAGUCUCUCCGAAUUUUGGUUUGUGCAACGAGUUAACACUAAAUUCUACACAUUUUGGAAGUGAAAUUGCAGUCUCAUGGAGUUUCCGAACACCUGCAAAGAGUCCAUUUCUUCGAUGUACACAAAACUUCAGCAAGCUUCGUUACGGUGUCGCAUUAAAAUGGAAUUGGAGGAAAUUAAGCUGGAACGUUUAUUGGCUCAUCAUACCAAGGAGAGACUAAGGCAGGAUCUUCUCAACGAGGAGACACUGCACUGGUAUCAUUUCAGAAACAAGAUUGAAUAUCAGCGAGAAAUUGCACGCAGGCGGUAUGGAAGUAUUCCAGUGGGUAUGGUCCGCUAUCUGAAACCGAAGGAUGAGUACGAGCGCCAGCUGGAGAAGGCCAAGGAGGAGGCCGAGCUGGCAUUGGAGGAGCAACGUCUGUUCUUGGCAGCGACCACCUCGAAAAUGCCAGAUGAUCCAACGGAGGAGCAUCCAACAACAUCUCAAAAUAGCGAGAGGCAAGACGAGUCUCGACCAGGUCCAAGAAGUAAUAUCCCCCCUUCCAACCCAAAUGCCCACUCAAAUAUCUCUCUGCCCAAGGCUUGUGCCACAGCCCGAGAAAAACGAAAGGACAGACUGCAAUGAAACCUCAAAUACAAUUUAUUCGCACAAGUUGUUGCAAUUUCAAAUUGAUAAAUCAAACAGUUAGGGGCUUGAUUGUUGAUACAACACAAAUCACAAUCCCAAUCCCAAUCCCAAGCAAAUAUCUGGUUUAAAGUGCUGCUUCGAUGCAU